UCACCCACAGACGAGGGGGGAGGGGCAAGGGAAAAUAAAAAGCGGCGGCAUGCACCAUCUCACUUCUCUCUCCCCCUCUCUCCGUUUCUCCUCCUCCUCCUCCUCCUCCUCCUCCUCUGCCGCAGCUCUCUCCAAGAACCUCCUCUCCUCUCUCCUCCCUUCCUCUCCUCGUAUACUACGAUCGCCGCCCCCUCGGAAGCGCCUCUCUUCGCCGUUCGAUCGCCGGCGAUCGCCUCCUCCUCCCCUCCGGCGAAUGAGCGGGAUCGCUUUCGCGGCCGGAGAAGGGAUCUCGGGCGUCGCGCCAAUGGAAUCUCCGGCGUCGGCCGCCGUGGGCGUUGGAGCGGCGCGUGCGGAGAGUGCUCGCCUGAAGCUGGAGGAGCUGAACUGGGACCACUCGUUCGUGCGGGAGCUUCCCGGCGAUCCGAGAACCGAUAAGAUUCCGAGAGAAGUCUUACAUGCUUGUUACACCAAAGUGUCUCCAUCAGCAGAAGUGGAAGACCCUAAGCUUGUGGCUUGGUCUGAGUCAGUUGCUAAUUUGCUUGAUUUGGAUCCUAAAGAAUUUGAAAGACCAGAUUUCCCAUUAAUAUUCUCUGGAGCGGCUCCUCUGGUUGGAGGGUUGCCGUAUGCCCAGUGCUAUGGUGGGCAUCAGUUUGGUGUGUGGGCUGGUCAAUUGGGUGAUGGACGUGCAAUUACUCUUGGUGAGCUUAUAAAUUCCCGAGGAGAAAGGUGGGAACUACAGCUCAAAGGUGCCGGCAAGACUCCCUACAGUCGCUUUGCAGAUGGUCUCGCUGUUCUCCGUAGUAGUAUACGUGAGUUCUUGUGCAGUGAAGCUAUGAAUGGCCUGGGUAUUCCUACGACUCGCGCCCUUUGCCUAGUCACUACUGGCAAAUAUGUCGUCCGAGACAUGUUUUAUGAUGGCAAUCCAAAAGAUGAACCUGGUGCGAUUGUCUGCCGUGUUGCGCAAUCCUUUUUGCGGUUUGGCUCAUACCAAAUUCAUGCCUCUAGAGGCAAAGAAGACCUUGACAUAGUCCGUGUUUUGGCUGACUAUACAAUUCGACAUCACUUUCCCCAUCUUGAAAAUCUUAAAAAGAGUGAAAGCUUGUCCUUUGAUGCUGCUCAAGGGGAUUCGCCAUCAAUUGAUUUGACGUCCAAUAAGUAUGCAGCAUGGGCAGUUGAGGUUGCUGAGCGCACUGCUUCCCUUGUUGCCAGAUGGCAAGGUGUGGGCUUCACUCAUGGUGUGCUCAACACAGACAACAUGAGUGUCUUGGGCCUAACUAUUGAUUAUGGACCUUUUGGCUUCUUGGAUGCAUUUGAUCCAAGCUAUACACCAAAUACCACUGAUCUUCCCGGGCGGAGGUAUUGUUUUGCGAACCAACCAGACAUUGGCUUGUGGAACAUUGCACAAUUUGGAACAACUUUAUCUGCUGCCAAACUUAUCAGCAAGGAUGAGGCUAACUAUGCCAUGGAAAGGUAUGGAACCAAAUUCAUGGACGAGUACCAAUAUAUAAUGACCAAAAAGCUUGGUCUAACUAAAUACAAUAAGCAGCUAAUCAGUAAGCUUCUUAACAACUUGGCUGUUGACAAAGUUGACUACACAAACUUCUUCCGGUUGCUUUCGAACAUAAAAGCGGACCCUAACAUUCCGGAAAACGAGUUGCUUGUGCCCCUCAAGGCUGUUCUCUUAGACAUUGGGAAGGAAAGAAAAGAAGCAUGGAUUAGUUGGUUGCAGACUUACAUUGAAGAGUUGGUCUCGAGUGGCAUUCCAGAUGAAGAAAGAAAGGCUGCGAUGAACUCUGUUAACCCUAAAUACGUUCUUCGGAACUAUCUGUGUCAGAGUGCUAUUGAUGCGGCCGAACAAGGUGAUUACGAGGAAGUCCGUAGGCUGUUGAAAGUCAUGGAACGCCCGUAUGAUGAACAGCCAGGGAUGGAGAAGUACGCGCGGUUGCCGCCAGCAUGGGCCUACAGGCCAGGCGUGUGCAUGCUAUCAUGCUCUUCUUGAGUAUACCUCUUACCCGCUUGCUCCCCUAUAUAUUAUGAUGUAUAAGAUGUUGUAUAUAGACCUAUAGAGGCCUGCUUUCACGAUCAAUAGCGAAGGAAAAAUCAUUUUAUGUUGUUGGCGGUGCUAAUUUAUUUUGUAACGUAGAUUAUGAGUUCGUCAUCACCUAGUUAAUUAAUUAUACACCAUAUGUAUGUGUGAAACAUGUACUGGAGAUUUGUUGUGCAUUUUUCUAACCAUUGUGGUUGGACUUUCCUUUUGUUA